UGUGGAAUACUCACACUAGACUUCAAUUUAUCUUCUUUCUCUCAAAAAUAUUAUUUCCUUUCAAUGGCCAAAACUCCCAAAAUCAAAACUCCCAAAGUUAAGGAUGCCAAACUCGAUUUGCCUUGUAAGACAAGGAUUUCCCUUGGUGUGAUUGGCAUAUAUAUAGACUUAUGUAUGAAAAAAGACGGAACAGUGUGGCGUUGGCUCGCUAACAUAUUUCCGCCCAAGAACUUCCCAACACUAAAACCCAAGGAUGGUAUCGAGACAUAUGAUGUGGUCGUGGAUCCAAGUACUAACGUGUGGUUCCGUGUAUAUGCCCCGACAACAGACCUCAAAAUUGAAGAUCUCCCACUGAUUAUAUACUAUCAUGGUGGCGGAUACGCUCUCCUUAACAACGACACGAAGAUGUAUGAUGAUUUAUGCCAACAGUUGUGUACUAAACUGCCAUGCAUUGUUAUUUCUCCUGAAUAUGGUCUUGCCCCAGAGAACAAAUAUCCUCAACAAUUUGAUGAUGGAGUUGAUGUGCUGACCUUUCUAGAUAAUCCAGAGAACCUGAAAAGAAGUAAUCUGCCAAAUUUAAAUGUUUCUCGCUGCUUUAUUGCUGGAGAUAGUGCAGGUGGAAACCUAGCUCAUUUUGUUACUCUAAGAGCCGCCCAGAUGCAAACCAAGUUCAAACAAGUCAAGGUAUCUGGCUUGUUGGCGAUUCAACCAUUUUUUGGAGGAGAGGAGCGAACAAAUUCUGAAUCGGAACUUAGUGGAAAAGUACCUUUCUUGAACUUGAAAAGGACAGACUGGUUUUGGAAAGCGUUCUUGCCCGAAGGUGAAGGAUAUGAUCGCGAUCAUCCAAGUGUUAACGUAAGUGGCCCGAGGGCCAUUGACAUAUCCAAAGUGGAUUUUCCAAAAACCAUGGUGGUUGUGGCUGGAUUUGAUAUUCUAAAAGAUAGGCAGAUGAGUUACGCCCAAUAUCUGCAAAACGCUGGAACAGAAGUGCAAAUUGCAGAGUACCCAAACAUGUUUCAUGAUUUUAUUACUUUUCCAGAGUUACCCGAAGCAGACCAAUUUAUAUCUCAAGCAAAGGAAUUUGUUUACGGGCUCUUUAAUAAGGAUAGUAAGAAAUGAUAGCAGACACUUGAAUGAGGCUGGGUAGAUUCAUGACAAGUUGGAUUAGGACCCGAAGAUCUGUCCUUGGCCUAGCUUCAUUUCGACUUACAUAUGGGGAUUAGUGCAUUGAUGUGUACUAACCUUUAUUGGGUUUUCUUUUGUGUGUAUUGAAAUCUAAAACCUUUAUUAUGUGUAAUAAUGUGACAACCGUCACCGAUCCAUUGUAAGCUUUUUUUUGGUGAUUGUAUAAGGAUCAUGUACCUGUCGAAAUUAUUAUCUAAAUAAAGCGACUUUCGAUUUUUGUA